CUCAAUGCAAACGUCAACGAAAAACAAAACCUCAAAAUUGAGAAAGUGUCUGAAUCUUUAGUAAUAAUUUAAAUCAAAUUAGUUUGUUAGCAUGUAUUCCGUGUUAACGAGAGGAAAUGCAAUACUGACAUACACGCUAAGCGUACUAGCAUGUCUUACUUUCUUGUGUUUUUUAUCAACCCUGACUGUGGACUACAGAACUGGGGCCCAAAUGAAUACAGUUAAAGUAGUAGUUAAAAACGUACCUGACUACGGAGCAUCUAGGGAACGAAAUGAUCUUGGCUUCUUAACUUUCGAUCUUAAAACAGAUCUGUCCAACCUCUUUAACUGGAACGUUAAACAGUUGUUCCUAUAUCUCACUGCCGAAUACAUUACACCAAGCAAUGAAUUGAAUCAGGUUGUAUUGUGGGACAAAAUAAUAUUAAGAGGUGAAAAUGCUGUGCUAGACUUCAAGAACAUGAACACUAAGUACUAUUUCUGGGACGAUGGCAACGGCUUAAAAGGUCACAGCAAUGUCACAUUAACAUUAUCAUGGAAUAUUAUUCCCAAUGCUGGCUUGUUACCCAACAUCCAGGCUCUUGGUCAACACUCCUUCAAGUUUCCUAUAGAAUAUACUCAAACAAGAGUAUGAUUAAGAAAUAGUAGAUUAGUGCUGCUUGCCUACCUCUCAUCAGUAGGAAAGUAACAUGACAAUUAUUUAAGAAGUUCCAAAUAAACUUGAAAAUCCUA